AUGCUCAGCUCCCGGCCGCGUGGCAUCCUCGAUAUCGAUGCCAACCGCUGCCUCUCGGAUGGCACAAACGCCUGGACUGACACGGACCACACGUGCUACACGAUCACCAACGCCGGCAUCAAGGGCUUCCUCUCCUCGCUGCCAAUGUAUCUGGAUCACAUCCUGCACCCGACCCUGACCGCUGAGGGCUUCACCACCGAGGUGUAUCACAUCAAUGGCCAGCAUCAGGAAGGCGGCGUCGUCUACUCGGAGAUGCAGGCCCGCGAGAACACCAGCGGCGACCUGAUGAUGAUGCAGCUGGUCCGAGAGAUGUACCCCGCCUGGUCGGGCUACACAUCCAACACUGGCGGCACGCUGGUCGGCCUGCAGCAAUCCUCGAUCGAGGAGGUUCGCGCCUACCACACGGAGUACUACCGCCCGGACAACCUGUGCCUGGUGGUGAUCGGCGGUCUGGGCGGCGAUGCCGGCCUGGCCCAGCUGCUGAGCACCAUCGCUCAAUUCGAGAAUGAGCGCAUUAUCGGCGUGCCGAAGUUCGCCAACUUCCCAGCCAACCCCAAGCCUCGCCCGUGGGUCGAUUCGCCGGCGCUCCCUCCCCCGGCAACCGCCGGCGCCCCACGCAAGGUGGAUGUCCCCUUCCCUUCGGAUGAGGACAACUCCGGCGAGAUGUACAUCGCCUGGGCCGGCCCGGAAUACCAUGAGCACGAAGACCGCGCCAUGCUUGAGGCUCUGUUCCUCUAUCUCACCGAGUCCUCGGUGUCCGACCUGCAUGCGGCCUUUGUGGACACGGGUCUGGCCUCCUCCGUCUACUAUGACGACCUCACCUUCCUUCGGACGGUGUACUUCCUCACGCUCGACGGCAUGGAUGUCGCCAGCCAGGAGGCCGUUUUUGCCGCCCUCCCCGGGGAGAUGCGCAAGGCGGUGGACAACUUCAGCCUGGAGCGCAUGCACCAAGUCCUCCGGCGCGAGCUGCAGACCAUGCAGUUCAACAGCGAAAAUGACCCCAAGGAAUUGAUCCUGGAUGCGGUCCUGUCGGAGUUCAUCAACGGCCGGUCGGAUUAUCAGGACCUGCCGACGGCCCUCUACGGCCCGGCCCUGUGCUACCGGGCGGCCCUGGACUCGGAUGCCUGGCCGGCCGAGCGCUGGGUGGCCCUGGCAAAGCGAUACCUGGUGGAUGCGCCAUUUGUGGCGGUAGCCGGUGUGCCGGACCCCCACCGGUCGGACAUGCUGGCCCAGCAGGCGGCCGCCAAUCUGAAGGCGCACCUGGAGCGCUUCUCCUCGGAGGAGCGGGACUCCUUCGCCGGGGUGCUGGCCGCGGCCGAGGCCGUCAACACAGCCCCCAUUCCGGAUGCUGUGCUGGCCGGGCUGACCUCCCGCCCGGACCCGGACUCGGUGACCCUCUACCCGGUGGUCAGCUCGCGACUGCAUGUCUUCGCCGAUGGGUCUCGCAGCGCGCUGGACCUCGACGCGUCCGGAGGCCUGGACACCGGGCGCCUGAACGCCGUGCAGCUGGCCCUCCUGGCCAGCGCCCCGGACCGGAUCCUGCCCUUCGAGCUGCAGUUUGAUCACGUGCCCAGCCGCUUCUUCAAGUUGAAUGUCAUCUUCGACACGUCCAUCCUGCCGCCCCGGCUGCGGGACUACCUGUACCUGUACCUGAACUAUGCGACCGAGGCGCCGAUUGCCUUUGCCAGUGCGGAUGCCGUGCCGGAGGACCUCCGUGCGAUGGCGGUCCUGCGCCCGGCCGGCGACCAGUCCCCGGUCAUGGUCCUGCCGCAUGACCAGGCCACCACGCUCAUGGAGCAGGAUACCAUCGAGUUUUUGACGGACAUCGGGUCCAUCUGGCCGCUCGGGGCCAGUGGCAUCUGCCCGCGGUCCGAGACGCUGGCUUCCAUGUCGGCCUUCGUCACGCAGGCCAACUACGAGCGGGGCGUCCGGUGGCUGGCUUGGCGCCUGAGCCAGGUGCACCUGAGCCCGGCCCGGCUGGUGGUCAUGGCCCGGCGUCUGCUGGCCGGCCUGUCGGCCUACAGCCAACAGGGCUCCACCUAUGUGGGCAUUGCCAUGUCCGACGCGCUGACCCAUUGCCGGCAUUGCUCCAACACGGUGCGCCUAAACCCCCGGCAUCAGGAGCACUUCCUCCGGCGGGUGAUUCGCCAGUUGAAGGCCGAUCCGGCUGGGGCCCUGCGCGAUUUGGCCCUGGUGCAGCGGCUGCUCUUCACCGGGAGCGCCGGCGACCUGGAGGUGUCCGGCGAGGGGGCCGAGCCGGCGGUCGCGGUAGCCCGCGCGGUGGCUGCCAUCGCUGCCCGGCCGGCUGCCCUGCCGGCCGCCGCCGACGGCCCGGUCGGUUCGCUGCGCAUGCUGGCCCAUGUGUCGGGCAAUGUGGUGGACCUCGGCGAGUCGGCGCGUGCCGUGUGGCUGCAGCACUUUGGCCAUGUGGCGGCCAUCGGGGAUUUGGUUCCGGAGGCGUUGCUGGCCAGCGGGUCGGCCAGCGCGGCGGCUGCCUUCCGGGCGGCCCGCUCGGCCGAUGGCGGUCGGCCUGAUGACGGCCUCCGGCCGGUGACCUUGCUGGAUGUCCAGCGGUCCAUCCUGGGCCGGGCCCUGGGCCCGGCCGUGCUGACCAAUGGCUGCCUGACGCCCUUGGCCCGGGAGGCUUUGACCACCUCCGGCCGGGCGGUGGUCGUGGAGAUGGGCUCCACCGAGAGUUCCUUCUCCACGCACGCGGCCCCGGGCCCGGUGUCCUUCCUGGACCCGCAGGUGCAUGAGCUGGAUGUCCUGUGCACCUUCCUGAGCAUGACCGAGGGGCCCCUGUGGAAGGGUGUCCGCGGGCGCGGGCUGUCUUAUGGGAUUUACGCCGACAGCGACCCCAAUGCCGGGCUCAUCACCCUGUCGGCCUACCGGAUCAGCAAUGCCGGUGUCGAGGCGGUGGCCGAGGCGGUGGACGGCGUGGCCCGGUCUCUGUGCCCGGUGGACGGCUCGACCGAGCCCAACAUCUCCGACACGGACCUUGUGGCGGCCAAAUCGGUGUACAUCUACUCGCGGGUGAGCCGCAUGAAGUGCCUCUUCAGCGCGGCCAAUCAUGCCUUCAUGAAUGCCGUGUUCCUGCGCCGGGAGGCCGCCCUGCCGGAGCCGGCGGACUUCCGCGGCGAUCGGGCCGACCAGCUCUUCCGCGCCAUGGCCAGUGAGGUGACCAGCAUGUCGGCCGGUCAGCUGUAUGAGGCUUUCGAGCGCAAUGUCCGCCCGGUCUUCACCCCGGGUCGGUCGCUGACGGCCGUCGUGUCGCCGACCUCCUCGGCCGGGCAGGCGGUCGAUGCCUUGGUUGCUCGCGGCGCGGAGGUCCGCCGCCUGGCCUCGGUGGAUGGGCUUCUCCCGCGCGGUGAUGCGCUCUUCCCGGGGGCCGGGACCUGCUCGGGUGGCGAUGUGCUGGCCCCGUGUGCCCACAUCCGGUCCUUCAACUCCCUGGCUCAGAGCCCUGAGCUGGAUUUCCUCCUGAAGCCGGUCGUGGACUACUCGGAUCUUGAUGCCGGCCCUGCCGAGGACGACGAUGAGGAGGAUGAGGACGAUGAGGAGGGUGAGGACGAUGAGGAUGAUGAGGACGAUGAGGACGAUGAGGACGGCAGCACCGACGCCGGUUCCUCCGGGGAUGAGGGCGACAGCGACGACGAGGACAUGAGCGCCAGCGACUCCGAGUGA